AGAUCCACGUGAGAAGGAAAGACGAAUAAAGACGAAAAAGAAUGGCUUAUAUGCUUUGAGGGAGAUGAAGGAGAAGCGAUAUGGGAGAUGCGUAGUAGUUCUAAUUCUGAUAAUAAAACAUGACUGGAGAUAUCAGGUUCCGCCAC